AAAAAAAAUCAUUUAAUUAGUUAAUGGUGAAUUAUGAACAUGAAACUUCAUCUUCCCGGCUGACUUGCUGACUGCUUCCCGCUCCCAACCCACCAACAUAUAUAAGUCUCGCUCUCUCGUUUUCCUUUUGUGCGUCGGGUAGUCACUAUUCUGUCGCUUCCCGGUCGAGGGUUUCUCUCUUUCUAGGAUCUGUGCUGGGGCUUAGGGUCUGAGUAGAAAGGGAAAGUAGUUUGGAAAGUGAUUCCUCUGGCAAUAUUUUGGACUGUGUGGAUGAAAAGAAACGCCAGAAGUUUUGAAGCUUUGGAGAAAUCAGAAGAUAUAAUUGCAAAGAAACUAUGGGGUAGAACUCACUCUUGGGUUGCAGUGAACAGAAGUUCUACAGAUAUACAAUACAGCUCAAUUUUGAGUUCCGAUUUGUUAUUUUUGUAAUGUUUUGAGCCAUACCUUUUGUACAGGCGGAGGUUUGGGUCUGGAAACCUGGUGAGCUUUCAUCAUCAUGCAUACUGUAAAGGUUAGCUGGGUUGGGCAAACAUUUGCCUUGGCAAAGUGCAGUGAUUCUGGAGAGAAGAAGUCCCGGGUUCGGCGGUCAAAGGAGGAAAGGAAGGCCAUGGUUGAAUCCUUCAUAAAGAAGUACCAAAGUUCAAACAAUGGGAAUUUCCCCUCUCUCAAUCUCACACACAAGGAGGUUGGUGGAUCCUUCUACACUGUCCGGGAAAUUGUCCGAGAAAUAAUCCAGGAAAAUAGGGUACUAGGCCCUGCUAAGUUGAUUUCAGAAGAGCAAGGCAGUGAUCAAUUCUCCAAACAGUAUCCACUGGGAUCAAUUUCUACAGAACCUCAACUUCAUUUUUCGACAUCAUCAAAUGAACCUCUUCUUGUUUCCAUUGAUCAUCAGAUUAUUAGUAGAGAACUGGUUUCAACUUUGAGAGAAGCUACUGAUCAUAAAGAUAAGUGUGCUGCCAAUAGGAGAUAUGUUAAUGGGAAUUAUAUGGUGGAAAAGCAUGAAGAGUUUAAUGGAAAGGAGUCCUUAGAGCAGGGAAAUUUCAAAGAACAAAUGGACGAUGUACCUAUUCAUAUAGAGGUGCAAGUGAGUGAGAAAUUGGGAGGAAUGAAAGAUGCUCUGGAACCACCUUCUGCAAAAGUAGCUCCUAUGGCAGCAGAAAUGAAUGGGAAAUAUGUUAAUGGGAAUUAUAUGGAGGAAAAGCAUGAAGAAUUUAAUGGAAGGGAGUCGUCAGAGCAAGGAAAAGUCAGAGUACCAAUGGAUGAUGAACCUGUGCAUAUAGAGGUGCAAGUGAGUGAGAAAUUGGGAGUGGAAGAUGUUCUAGAACCACCUACUGCAAAAGCAGCUGCUAUAGUAGAAAAAGUGAAAAAUCAUUUAGAUGCAUCUACUGCUAAAAUAACUCCUAUAGCAACAGAUGUCAUAGUAGAAACCUUUCCAUUGAGAUCUGUUAGUAAGCCAACUUACAGCAUAGAUGAAAGGUCACAAGAAACAAGGAACUUAACUGGAGAUCUGGAGGAACAGGAAAGUAAGGUCGAAGAUGCACCAGGCUGUGCCAGUGCCAUGUUGCAGAGUAUGGACUCAAAGGAACAAUGUUCUACCAAUUCGAUUGGUGUAGAUGCUACAACAUGCUUUGAAGAUCCAAUGAAGGAAGGUUUAAGAAGCUCUGUAAUUGUACAGAGCAUUGACAAUGGUAUUCUCAAGGGAACGGACCUAGUUAACAUAUCAGGUAGCAAUGUCCUAAUCUUGCCCCAACCUGUUCAAAACCAGGAAAUUGAGCCUAAGCUUGCUCCGAAUCAAGUUUGUACCCAGAAUGUCAACUCUAUUAGUACCAGCAGUAGUUCUGGAGAGGUACUCUCGCAAGAAACAGUGGUAAUUGGAGGAAAAGCUGGUAUUCAACAUGAAUCAUGGGAAGGAGCACCAAAGAGAUCUGCAGGGGUAGAAACUAAUCCAAUUUGGGCCGUGCUUAAAGCAUUUAUCGAUGCCUUCGUGAAAUUUUGGUCUGAAUAGAGUAUUUGUAAUGCAUUUUCAAGAGGCGCAUUGUUAAUAUGUGGGUUGUAUGGCUUUGGCCACAAAUUUUUUAGAGGUUUUACUUCAGAGUUCAGACUAUUAGUAUUUUCUCAUUAUGCGAUGAGUGGAUUAAGUAAAUUGAAUGAAUAUUUAUUUUAUUUU